ACCACUGUUAGAAUAGUGCUUAAUACAUCAAUUGUAGAGUUAUAUAGAAGUACCGCUGUUAAAAUAACGCUCAAUACAUCAAUUGUUGAGCGAUAUAGAAAUACCACUAUUAAAAUAGUGCUCAAUACAUCAAUUGUAGAGCGAUAUAGAAAUACCACUGUUAGAAUAACGCUCAAUACAUCAAUUGUAGAGCGAUAUAGAAAUACCACUGUUAGAAUAACGCUCAAUACAUCAAUUGUAGAGCGAUAUAGAAAUACCACUGUUAAAAUAACGCUCAAUACAUCAAUUGUAGAGCGAUAUAGAAAUACCACUGUUAGAAUAGUGCUCAAUGUAUCAAUUGUAUAG